UUUUGUUUAAACAUGGUUUAAUACAUACAAACAUACAUUCGUAUUUAUUAUUGUUACAUGUUGAUAAAGAUGAGUUUUAAUUAGUGGUUUUUCAACGACAUAUCUGAAAUACUUAAUCUAGUCUCAUUCAGUACUUUGGUAAUUGAUGUUCUCUUUGAAAAAUACCUGGUGAUUUUAAAAAUAUUGUUUUUUAUGUUAUAACGAUGGAUUUUAAAAUUCUUUUGUUCGGAUGCCUACUUAAUUUAGUGUAUAGAUGCAUUUAUGUAAAAAGUGAAGAAAGAUUUACAGAAGCAUUUAAGUGGAAACAAAUUGAAUUCAAUUUAAAUGGAGAAGGAAAUUUUAUGUCGAGUAACUUUCAUUUUCCUGGUGAAGUAAAUGCAGAUAGAAAAGAAAGGCCUCCAAAUUAUCCUGGAGGUUCUUCCGGAAAUAGAGCAACAAUAGACGAAAACUAUAUACCAUAUUCAAAUGUCCCAAUGGGAGUCAGUCGUUAUAAAAAUAAACUUUUUGUUACGUUACCGAGACGAAGGCCGGGUAUACCAUCAACAUUAAAUUAUAUAAAUUUAAUGAAACUUGGAAACGAUAUUAAUCCAAAAUUUAUUCCAUACCCGAAUUAUGAUUUUAAUAAAUUAAAUUCAACAUUAAUUCCUGAUUCAAAUAGAAUUAUUUCUGUUUAUAGAACCAGACCAGACUAUAAAUGUGGAAGAUUAUGGUUUAUUGAUACAGGUGUACUUGAAUAUCCAGACAAUAUUCAACAAAUUCAACAACCGUCAAUUUGGAUUCUUGACUUAGAAAAUGGUGGAAAACCUCUGCGUCGUUUUGAAAUACCUGCCAAUAUAGUGACAACUGGAAGAGGUCUUGCUAGUAUAACAGUUGAUGUUGAUGUUAAUUGUGACGAUGCUUUUGCUUAUAUUCCCGAUUUACAAACUUAUCAUCUUUAUGUAUAUAGCUAUCGCAUGAACUCGAUCUGGUCAUUUUCACAUAAUUAUUUAAGUUUUGAUCCUAUAGCCGGUGAUUUAGAUAUUGGAGGAGUGCAAUUUCAAUGGAGUGAUGGCAUUUUUUCAUUAACAUUAGGAAAUAAAAUGUCAAAUGGAUUUAGAAAUGCUUAUUUCCAUCCAAUGGCAAGUCAUUCAGAAUUUGUUGUUUCUACGAAGGUUCUACAAAAUCAAACAAAUGCUGAUAGAUCAUGGCAUGGCAAUGACUUUAUGUUUCUUGGUAUUAGAGGUAUAAAUAAGCAAUCAACUAUGCACGAUUUUCAUACAAAAAGUGGAACUAUUUUUUAUGCGGAAAUACAAAAUAAUGGAAUUGGAUGCUGGAAUACCAAUAAAAAAUUUUGUAGUUGCAAUCAUGAAAUCAUUCAUUCUGAUGUCGAUAAAAUGAUAUAUCCUAGUGAUUUAACGAUUGAUGAUGAAGAUAACAUUUGGGUUAUGAGCAACACAAUGCCACGUUAUAUUUACUCUAGGUUAGAUCCGAAUGAAUAUAAUUUUAGAAUUUGGACAACAACAGUCAAAAAAGCUGUUCAAGGUACUCUGUGCGAAUAAAUUUGUGCACAACACGUGUGUAAAAACUUUUUAUUUGUGAAAAUAAAAUUGUAUACGCAUUGCAUUAUAAAUUCAAAUUAAAUAAAAAUCACAUAUAAAUGCAA